CACAGCUAGUAAGUCAGUGACCCCAAAAAUAAUAAAGCUCACAGUGAAAAAGAAAUGAUUAAGUUCAUUAUGGCUAGUGACGAGAUCGACAGAUGUAAAUAAUAAAUCCACUUUCACUAAUCUACUCCUAGGCUUUUCAGAUAUCAUAAUUUUUUUUCUUUUUGGCAUGUAGUAUCUCAAAAUUUUCUCGUUUGUUAUAUCUGUAUCUCAAAAAAAAAUCAUUACAAUGAGAAAAUUGCACCUAAAAAUCCAAAUCGUUUACUUAUUUUUAUUACUCACCAUAAGAAACAUUGUUAUAUACUCGAUUUAUCAUAAAUCCACUACUUAUUUUUCUUACUCAUCAUAAGAAACUUUGUUAUAUACUGGUUUUUAAGAAAAUCAAAUAUAAGAAAAUUAAUUGAAGUCGUUUUCCAGAUUUAAAUUUGGUAGAAACAAAAAAAAAAUGUAUUCGUGGAUGAGAAGAGAACAAAAGUACUCAAAAAUAUUCUGUAAUUAAAAAUACAAAGAUGAGUUAGGUGACGUGUCAAGAUCAAAACGGUGUAUGAUGAUGAAAUGAAAAAUGUGGACCGGCGUGCACAGUCGCCUUUUCUCACUUCUUUUGUUUUUUUUUUCUAACAAAAAUACAACAAAACAAUUCCCAAUAUUAAAUACAAGAAAAUCAAUCAUUAAAAAUAAUAAAAAUAAGCUAGAAAACACUCAUUUGUCUCUCUUCUUCUUCUUCUUCUUCUUCUAAUUAAUACUCGAGAGGAGAGAGGGAGUAGAGUGAGAAGAAGGCUCGUCUUGUCUUCAGCUUCAUACAUAUCAGUAUAACAAUAUAAAAAGAUAGAGAGAUAGACUGAGAGGACUUGGCAUUGGCAAUGGAGUACGAGAGGAUAGAGAAGGUGCAGAAGAGCAUGAUCUCGCCAACGAAGCUGAGAAUGAAGCUAAUGGGUCCCCACAAUAACAAGAAGAAAGAAGGAUCUAGCAAUAACUCAUCAAGAACAUCUCCUGUUCGUCUUCAGGUUUCAGAUGACACAGAAUUCUCCAAGAACAGCUUGUUAGCUUCCAAGUCCGACUCAGACGAAGAUGAUCAUGUGGCGGCUUCAACUACAGAUAUAGAAGUAGCUAAACUACGGAAUGCGCCAGUUUUGGACCUAACCGAGAGCAGUAAUCAAGGUGGUAUGAGAGAAACUGAUCAACCAAGACCACAUCAACUUAAAAAGGCUGACUUGAGUAUUACUCUGAGACCACAAGAAGAUGAAAAUCUUGAUUAUGACAGUAACGCUAGCUCUUCAAGCUUCGAGUUUCACGGUGGUGUUCGUGGAGGAGAGCGCUCCACUCAGAGCCAUGCCUCAAGAGCAUACCCUUCGAGACAAGUGCCGUCCAAAUGGAGUGAUGCUGAGAAGUGGAUAUUGAGCAGACAGAACAUGGUUUUGAGGAAGAACGGUCAAGGGAACCGGAUGCCUGUGAGGGUUGUGCCUGAUAAUACAGGCUACGAGCAUACCAAGUCUAGGAUGGAUCCGUGCCAAUCCUCACAAGCUGAAGGGUUCGAGAAGUUCCCUAACUUGGUUCCCACGGCACCACAUCCAAUUCUAACAAAGGCUUCAUCACAUGAUAACACAACAGCUGGUCCUGCUUCUGUAUGUAUGAGAGAUAUGGGGACUGAAAUGACGCCAAUACCGAGUCAAGAACCUUCAAGAUCUGUCACACCAGUUGAUGCAACGACUCCUCUUCGCAGCCCUACUUCUUCUCUGCCGUCUACUCCUAGAGGAGGCAAACAAGUAGAGUCUUCUGUGUCACAAGGGCCGUCUAAGAACACAAGAAGAGACUUAUCUGAGGAGGAAAUGAAAGCGAGGACGAGAAGAGAGAUUGUAGCUCUCGGAGUUCAGCUUGGGAAGACAAACAUCGCAGCUUGGGCAAGUAAAGAGGAAGAGGAGAAUAACAACAACAACAACAAUGUGGAUGCAGAGGAGACUCAGAGGGUUGAGUUUGGUAAGCGAGCGAGUGCAUGGGAAGAAGCAGAGAAAUCAAAACAUAAUGCAAGGUAUAAGCGUGAGGAGAUCAGGAUCCAAGCUUGGGAGAGUCAGGAGAAAGCCAAACUUGAAGCAGAGAUGCGACGUAUUGAGGCUAAAGUGCAGCAGAUGAAAGCUGAAGCUGAAGCAAAGAUAGUGAAGAAAAUCGCAAUGGCUAAGCAAAGAUCAGAAGAGAAACGGGCUGCUGCGGAAGCUAGAAAGGCCCGUGACGCCGAGAAGGCAGCAGCUGAAGCUGAAUAUAUCCGGGAAACCGGUCAAAUACCGGCUUCAAGUUACAAGAUAUGUUGUGGUUGGCUCUCAUGAUGAGUCAUGCUUUUCUGUCUAUUUGAGUAAACCAGGAUUGGAUUCUCAGAAUCUCUUUGUAUGAUAUAUAUAAUGAUGUAUUUUGUGUUUCAUAGGUUUCAAAAGAUAAUGGAAAGAUUGUGUCUUACGUUAGGUCUUGCUAUUGCCUGGAGUAACAAAUGAAAUCAGAACUGAUACACAAACUAUGUAGGACAGAUUACGCAAACCAAACAACAUUGGGGCUCUGGCCUUAUAUACACUGAUAUAUUUGGGAUUUGACUUAUGGGCCUUUAGAAAGUCCAUGAGUACCUCUGGUCUUGUUAACCCAGUGAUCAACGUUAUUAGAUGUGAUGAAGCAUUUGCUGUAACCAUUUGUGUUGCAGAUUAAAUGAUCCGACAAACUUAAGAAAAGAUCAUUCAUCAUAAUUCUAUGUGUUGCAGAUUAAAUGAUCCAUUUGAAAAUAGUUAGAUCUGUUUAUAAUAAACAGUAGAUCGCAUCACCAACUAUGAACUAGCAUAGCGGUUACAAUUAUAUCUAGCUAAUAUAAAUCUUAGAGCUCAUAAAGAGAUUUCUCUUAGAUGUUAAGGAAAGGUUCAAUUUCUCUUCAUUCUCCACUUCACAGUGAAGUAAAAAAUAAAUUUAAUCUAUAAAUGAAACUAGAUUUGAUCCGUGCUUUUAAAGCGCAUAAUUUAUUUCUUUUUAAAUAAAUUUUCGUUAAAUUUUGUUAAUUAUAAGAUUAUGUAUUUUUAUUUAAAAUGAUCUAAUCUAUUUAUAAUUUUGUUGAUUUUUAUGUUAUAGUAAUAUAUGUAUAUGUUGGACAUGAUAUGUAUACUCUUGUGUUAUCAGUUUUAAAAUAACAAAAUUUUAUUCUUAUAAAUUAUAAUAUAAUUUAUUUGUUAUUAGUAAUAUUUAUUAUAUUAAUUUGUUAAAUUCUUAAAUGUAACAUCUAUACUUAAAAAAGAAAGCAUGCUUUUUAAUGGAUUUUAAAAAAAUAUAUUCUAUACAAAAUGGGCCUAGUGGAUAAACGAUGAGUCCAUUUAAGUCAAGAUGGAGUUUUUGUUUACUGGCAACAUGAGCAUAUUGAUUUUUGUAAAAACAAAAUGCUUCGAUGAAAAAAAAAACCAAAAAUCUCUCUGCAAAACUAAAAAAGACGAUUGAGAGUUCUAAAUUCAUCGACAACCUACUUUCUCCGAUCUGUACCAAGUAAUCUUCUCUUACUUUUAUUUAUGAUUAUAUAGACUAAGUAGUUCUAUUUUUACAAAUCUAUGUCAUCGAUGGAUAUCAAAACAUUUUCAUUUCAGUAAUGUUUGCAUGUCGAAUCUGAAGCCAUCUGUGUUAAAAACGAUUAGUCGGAGAAGGUUAUUGAUUUAUGCAUUUUACCACACACCAAUUAACAUGAUGUGCACACUAUCACAAUCGAAUGGUAUGUUGAUGUAGCACUUCAGGAUCGAAUCCACAGAGACCAGUGGUUACACGACGAGUAUAUGAGAUAAGAGUAAGGCUAAGACUAAAAAGGAAAAAGGGUAUUGGUUUAUAAAACUAAGCAGAAAUGAAACAAUGCAAAAUGAUGUAAAUAUGCAGAAAGUGACAAUGUAAGAGAAGCAUUGGGCAAGAGGAAAUCGCAGGGAUUUAAGCAAGCAGACAUGGAUAUAAUCAACCUACUUCCGUAGCACUAAUUCUUUAUGCUAGUAAGGGAAAAUAUUAAGAAAUGUCUCGAACUCAAACACGAUAAUAUAAUCAACUUACUUUCUUAGCGCUAACUCUCUAUGUUAUAGAAACCUCCACACUAACUUCCGUUGAGUUUCAGAUUCUAAACAAGCAAUAAGUUUAGGUUUGAUAUGUUCACAAAGCGCAAUAACAUUAACUUCCGUUGGUUAAGGACACUUUGCUCAUCUAAAGUUCUUUCAAGCAUUUAGUUAAACACAUUCGUUCCGUUAAAUAACCUAAGUUCAUAAACUAGUUCAUGACUCUAAUUUCAGCAUUAAGAACACCAAUAGAUGAAGAACCAUUAGAUAAAUCUCUAAAUCUAACAAUCUUAAGUCAACAAGCCAUGAGUUCCCUUUGAAACUCUAAAAACCAAUUGCACAUCUACUCAGCAUUGAAAAAAAAAAAAA